CUCUACGAGAGUGGGAGAGCGUGAGAUUGCCCUUGCUCAGCCCGUGCGGCAACGGCCGUAAUCCCACGCAGACUAGUGAAUUACUUCAAUUUCCAUCACAGUCCUGCGCGCUAGCAAGAAGGCAUUGUUUGGUACGCCGGCGGACGAUGAUGUUCCAAUGGUCCGGCUUCACGUCUCGAAUUCACCAACCCGAUGCGACGCACAUAGUUAUCCAGGCGUUCGACGUGUCAUACUCUGUGCAGCGGCUUGGGACCGCCGUGGCAGGUCGUCGCGAGGCAACGCCAAAGCAACAAACCGAGAAAGGCUACCUAGGAGCACUGGCUUGUCUGCCACAAUGGGAACGAGGCGUUGAAUGGCAACAACGUGAAUCUUCCAGAGGUCGGCACUAGUCUUUUGUCUCAUCGUGGCCCGGUGCUUGGUGGCAUGAGGACUGAGGACGAAAAGAAGCAUCUAACCACCAGAACUUUGGUCUCCACCUGCCGCACAUACAUUUCCCAAGGGGCCGGUUGCACCAACAUCAAGUCUCGGGCUGGGCCAUCUCGAAUUCUGGCCAUCGACUGGAUGAAAUACGCCUCUAGAGAGCGGUGCCGCGACGUGGUGCGUCUAGCGUGCGAUGACUAUGACCGAACGGCUCUGGAACCCUUCCAACGUCUGAACCCUUGGACCAGCCAACAAACCCGCCAGCCCGGAUUGGCAUGGCAUCACAGACAAGAGACUCAGUCACGCCGCUUGGGUCGUGGAACUCUAUUUGGGCCGUCCCGAUUUUUCGAAACUCGAUGCUUUUGCCGCGUGUCGUGGCCGGUGGCCGGAAGGCUGUUCUCAACGAAGAAUUUGAACCACCAGCCCACCCGAUUGUCUCUGCCAGUCGAACAUGUACGAUGCAAGCUGUCCCGCACACUGGAACUCGGAGGCUUGACAAGAUUGAGCUGCCUGGAUACCGUUUUGGGACACGAUGCCGCGAACAAGAUGCUGACACGCAUCGUUAUCUCAAGGAAGGGCGGGAGGAACAGCAACAUUAGUGGCCGUCGCAAAGACGUGGAUCGGUACAGAUUCUCUCUCCGGCCCGUACAUGAUCCCAUUACCUUUGAGGAGGCACAGGCGCCGUCGUAUGGUUCGAGGUCGCUAUAUCCAGUCAACAGUGCUACCCACACUCCAGGCACCGCCUGGAACAGCGCGAUAUGGGGUGACUGCAGGACAUCAUCCAAUGUAAUGUACAACCUCUAAAGGCUUCGACUAACAACUUAGAGGGACGGAUAAGGCCGGGCUGUGCACACCAACAAGUCGAAGGCGGGCCCGGCUUGCACACCAAAGUGCUGCCACGGGCUGCAAGCGUGGAGAGAGGCGCGACGCCGUUCAUUGGGCCAACUCCCACACUCAUGUACAAAAUCGCAAUGAGAGAGAUCCCUGGGCUUGGGAUGAAGGAGGCUU